AUGGAAACUCUCCCUACAGACAUCAUUCUAACACAUAGCUCCCAAGAUGCCCAUUCUGUGGCAGAUAAGGUUGAAGUGGAGGAGGUCACCACAGUUGGAAAGCGGAACGUGCGACGGUCGUGCUGGGACGCUUCCAUCGCAGAGCGGACGUUCAUGCAACUAUUCGACAUCUGCCCCGUGGUUUCGAGUCGGCUUCCGAUGGAAUUAUGGGAGCGGAUAAUCGAUUUCAUGGCGAGUCGCGACGAGGACAGCUACAACAUGCAAACACUUGGCCAAGUGUGUCGUGGAUGGUCCAUCCGACGUCGCUUUCAUUAUGACAAGAGGCUCAAAAAGCGGCUCGUGGACAGGAAGCAGGUAUAUCAACUGAUCAGCGCGCUGGGCGAGCACCCCGAGCGGUGCCGUGCCAUCAGAGCAGUCUGGUUCGAUUUCGGCGGGAGGCCAAUUGGUCCCUUUGGGUCAUUUGCUGUGCGGAUGAUGCAAAAGCUGCCUCAAGUCGAGCGGCUCAGACUCGAAGAGUGCACAUGGGAGACUGGGCAGCUGCACACGCAGGUUUUCCUCCAUGUCGCUCUCACAUUCGGGUCGAUCACUCUGCUUACUCUCUACAAGGUGACCUUCCCGUCUGCGGUGGUAUUUGGGCGGCUUGUGCGCGCGCUUCCCCGGCUCUCCUCCCUCAACUGUCUGCAAGUGCAAUUACAGAAAUGCUGCAAUGUUGCAGGCGCGGUGCGAGUACCAGGCUCACUGCGACUCGACGCUGCCGAUCUGCAUCGCAGCGAUGACGUGUUCGACUUUUUCGUGUUGAUCAGCGUGCACCUUCGCCAUCUCACCUGCUACGGAGGCGACCUGGAGAAGCUGCAGGAGCUGCUCGCUGUGUCCGCCGAAUCACUCUUGACCCUGGAGGUUUCUUUUAUUCGCGAAGUCUCAGUCGAUCUCACUCCCGCUGUCAACUUGCGUGUCCUGGUGUUGAAUGGCGGACUCGAAGGCAUUACCGAUGCAGCCAGAAUCUUGUCUCGCGCGUCUUUACUCAAGCUAGUUGAGGUCACAAUUGUGUCCUGGCCCGCCAAUCCGGCGACAUUUGUCUCCAUCCAGCGCAAAUUGAAUAGCAUCGACAGUGACUCCUUUGCAGACAUGGACCGCAUCCUCUCCGGAAAGCAGUUUCCCGCUCUCCAGAGAGUCACUUUUUCCCUUUGUUGUUCUGUCUUGUUUUCUAGCGAGGUGAUGGAUGUUGUAUCCGAACGCUCCUGGCGCACGCUGCUCUCGUCAAAGCUUCCAGCACUCCAUACUAGUGAUCGCCUUCUAUCUUCUGUGACUCUCGAGGUCAUGCAACCUGGACCUCACUAUCCAAUUCCGAUACAUCAAAAUUUACUUCUCCCUGCGACCUAUGCUCUCGCACCCGUCCCAUCCCUGCCACGUGUCCCAUAA